CCUCCCAAUUUUGUUCCUUUCCCUCCCCACUCUUCAAACCAACCACCCCAGAGAAACACAGAGUACAGUUGACCAAGAAAAGCAAGGUGAACUUUUUGGAGCUGCUUCUUCUCCUCCUUCUUCAUAACACGAAAUAUCUGUCGCUCUCCUGCCCCGAUCGGCUGAGCUCGUGAUCCUCAGUGGUCGUUCGGACCUUUUACGCCGAGGAAAGUGACUGGAUCCGGAGUUCUUUUCUAUAGAUCGCAGAGUUCUCUCCCGCCUGCCGACGUUUUUCAAUUGCUUAGUUUUGGGAUUUAAGAAGCAGAAGCAGACGAAAGGGUAGCGUACACUGCUUAUGGCGCCGAGCACGAUUCGGAAGGCGAUUGGAGCCGUCAAGGACCAGACGAGCAUCGGGAUCGCGAAGGUGGCGAGCAACAUGGCCCCAGACCUCGAGGUGGCGAUUGUGAAGGCUACGAGCCACGACGACGAUCCCGCUAACGAGAAGUACAUCCGCUCCAUCCUCAACCUCACUUCCUACUCCAGCGGUUACGUCCACGCCUGCGUGUCCGCCGUCUCAAAGCGUCUAGGUAAGACGCGGGACUGGAUCGUGGCCCUCAAGGCGCUUUUUCUCGUCCACCGCUUGCUCAACGAAGGAGACCCGUUGUUCCAGGAGGAGAUCCUAUAUGCCACGAGACGGGGCACCAGGCUCUUGAAUAUGUCCGAUUUCAGAGACGAAGCGCAUUCCAACUCCUGGGACCACUCCGCUUUCGUGAGAACCUACGCCAUGUAUUUAGAUCAGCGCCUGGAAUUGAUGCUUUUCGACAGGAAGAGCGGUGGUAGUGGCGGCGGUGGGAGUGGUAGUGCUGGCGGAAACAUGAGAUUUGGGGGCGGCAGAGAUGAUUUUAGGUCACCUCCGCCCUCAAGGCCAUAUGAAUAUGAUUACGGAGGCCGCGGCGAUAGUAGUACUCAUGAGUACGGGAAUUAUGGGAUGUCGAUGAGACGGUCCCGUUCAUUCGGGGAUGUGAGCGAAGCAGCUGAGAAGAGGGGUUCGGUGACCGUGACGGUCACCCCACUGAGGGAUAUGAAGCCCGAGAGGAUCUUCGGGAAGAUGGGCCAUUUGCAGAGGCUCUUGGACCGGUUCUUGUCGUGCCGACCCACGGGUCUGGCCAAGAAUAACCGGAUGAUUUUGAUUGCGUUGUAUCCGGUGGUGAAAGAAAGCUUCCAGUUGUACGCGGAUGUCUGCGAGGUUUUAGCGGUGCUCCUCGAUAAAUUCUUCGACAUGGAGUCCCCGGAUUGUGUUAAGACCUUUGAUGCCUAUGCGAGCGCGGCCAAGCAGAUUGAUGAGCUUGUUGCGUUCUACAAUUGGUGUAAGGACACAGGUGUGGCGAGGUCGUCCGAGUAUCCGGAUGUGCAGAGGAUUACUAGUAAGCUGUUGGAGACGUUGGAGGAGUUUGUCAGGGAUAGGGCCAAGAGACCCAAGAGUCCUGAGAUAAAACAGGAGGCCGUGGCUAAAGAGGAUGAGGAGCCUGUACAGAGUAUGAAUGAGAUAAAGGCAUUGCCUGCCCCGGAGGAUUACACUCCCCCGCCUCCACCGGAGCCUGUGCCAGAGCCUAAGCCUCAGCAGCAAGUCACUGAAGACUUGGUGAAUUUGAGGGAUGAUGCAGUUACUGCAGAUGAUCAGGGGAAUAGGCUAGCCUUGGCUUUGUUUGCUGGUCCACCCGCGAAUAAUGCAAAUGGAUCGUGGGAAGCAUUCCCCUCGAAUGGACAGCUGGAAGUGACAUCUGCUUGGCAGAAUCCGGCUGCGGAAUCCGGCAAAGCCGAUUGGGAAUUGGCACUGGUUGAGACUGCGAGCAAUUUGUCGAGGCAGAAAGCAGCCUUGGGUGGCGGGCUUGAUCCGUUGUUGUUGAACGGAAUGUAUGAUCAGGGAAUGGUGAGGCAGCAUGUGAGUACUGCCCAGUUAAGUGGAGGGAGUGCUAGCAGUGUGGCAUUGCCAGGGGCGGGGAAUAGUACUACACCUGUUUUGGCUCUCCCCGCACCGGAUGGGACAGUUCAAACAGUUAAUCAAGACCCAUUUUCCGCAUCCUUAAGUAUUCCACCUCCAUCAUAUGUGCAAAUGGUUGAUAUGGAGAAGAAACAGCAGUUUCUUGUGCAGGAGCAGCAACUAUGGCAGCAAUAUGCGAAGGAAGGGAUGCAAGGUCAAGCUAGUUUGGCCAAGAUCAGCGGGCCCGGAUACUAUGCUGCAGGGCCAAUGCCCAUGAUGCCUUAUGGCAUGCCGCCAAUCAAUGGAAUGGGAACUCCAGCCGGGUAUUACCACACUCCUUACUGAUUUUGCCUUCUCUCCACAUAUAUAUGAUUGACUUUUCUUUGUUAAUUUCCAUAUUCAUUUCUAAUGUUUUACCCUUUUUCUUUUCUUUUUUUCAAAUUGUAUGAUCUUAUUCCUGCUAUCUUUUGAAUGAGAAUUGUGAGGAGAGACGGGGGCUGAGUUGAAAGGACGAGUGAUAUUGGGGAAUUUGAUGCCGAGAAUUUGUAAACUAAUAGUGGUCUGUUUAUGUUUCUGUAAUAUUAGAAUUUUCUUGACCUCUUUA